AUGAAAGAUCGAUGGGUAAACAUUGGCUACGAGGACAAUCCCCUGCGUCCGUACGUCGAGCCAAAGCCUGAUGUCACCGAUCCCUCACGAAUCUCCGCGAUGAUGAACAUGGGUUAUCAUUUGGAUGCGAUUCUCAAUUCUCUGAAAAGCGGCAACUGUGAUGAAAUCACUGCAACUUAUUAUCUACUGGAAAAAAAAGAUGACAAAAUACGCGACCGAGAAAACGAGGCAUCACAGUGA